UAUAUAAUCUCCACCGUCGAUCCUAUUGGCCGGCGAUGGAGACCCCCGACAUGCCUAGCUCAUCGUCGGUUACGCUGACGUGGCAGGACUUCCUCGAGCGCAUGCGCCACCCCUCCGCCGCCGACUUCGUCAAAGCCAUCAAAAGUUUUAUAGUGUCAAUUUUGAUCAAUGUCCCGGAUGCAGAAAGGGACAGCGUGGCCGUGCAGCAAUUUUUUUCCAAUAUGGAAGCAGCAUUCAGGGCCCACCGCCUGUGGUCCGGAUAUUCAGAGGCAGAUCUUGAAAGUGCAGGCGAAGGCCUAGAAAAAUAUGUCAUGGCAAAGUUAUUUACACGCGUAUUUGCUUCGAGUCCAGAAGACAUCAGAGCUGAUGAGCAGCUUCAUGAGAAGAUAGCUUUACUUCAACAAUUUAUUCGGCCUGAGAAUUUGGACCUCAAAACGACAUUUCAAGAUGAGAAUUCUUGGGUGCUCGCCCAGCAAGAACUGCAAAAGAUUGGCAUGUACAAGGCACCAAGAGAUAAACUAGUUUGCAUUCUCAAAUGCUGCAAGGUUAUCAGUAACCUAUUGAUCAAUGCCUCCCGUGCAUCUAAUGAGGAUCAUCCAGGAGCUGACGAUUUCCUCCCAGUUCUCAUUUACGUGACUAUAAAGGCAAACCCGGCCCAACUGCAUUCCAACUUAGCAUACAUACAGCGAUUUAGGCGGCAAACUCACAUGGUAGCUGAGGCAGCUUACUUCUUCACGAACAUGCUUUCGGUAGUCUCUUUUAUUAUGAAUAUUGAUGCUAAGGCCCUUUCGAUGGACGAAACUGAAUUUCAGAAGAACAUGGAAUCUGCACGAGAACAUCUUUCAGAAUCAUCCGAAAUUAAAUCACGAAAAAAUGAUGAAAGAUUCAAGAAAGAUCGAUCAUCGUCACUAGAUAAAAACCCCUCAAUCCCGGAUAUCGAAAAUGAAGGGGUUUUCCGGGAUUUUCCAUUUCUGUACUCCCAAACUGGUGAUUUGACAGUUGGUGAUGUUGAGGAUUUACUAAAUAGUUAUAAGCAGUUAGUGUUCAAGUACGUUUGCCUCACGAAAGGAUUAGGUCUGGAAAUUCAAACCCAAAACCCACAAAUCACAAGAGAAGAAUAUCAUCCAGAUGAUGGUGCUGAGGAAAAUCGUGUUAAGCAAAAUAUCUCAUGAUGAAGCUGACGAAAAAUUCGGAUUUUUGGGAUCGUAAGUAGUGAACUGGAAAUGCCAGGUAAAGCUGCUGUUCAAUCUCAAAGUGAGGAAGAAAAUGAAAAUCUUGAAAGACGAACUUUGCCUUGUGAAUUUGCAGUCAUUGAUUAUUUUUAUGUUGUAAGAAUAAACAAAAGGUUUAUAAAAGUUUUAUAAUAUUCACUCUUACUAUGGUUCAGGCGUGCACAUAUUUGUUUAUAAAAAAAUUGUACUCAGAAGGAAAAAUAUAUAUUAGCCAUUCGUGUAGUGUUCUUAUGAAUAAGUUGCUUCACGUUUGCUUGUCUGCUUACUGAUUGGAUCAUAGUUGAAAAGAG